AUGCCGACCAACGAAUCAGAGCGAAGCGUCGGCGCGUGGGUGAGGCGCUGGUGGCGCGCCCUGCUGGCGGAGUUGGUGGCCACGGCGCUGCUGGUGCUGCUCGGCAUCGCGGCCAUGCUGCCGGUGGGCGGCGAGGCGCGGCCCCUCUCGCACCCGGCGCUCACCUUCGGCUUCAUCGUGGUGGCGAACGUGGAGAUCUUCGGGCCGGUGUCCGGGGCGCACAUGAACCCGGCGCUGACGCUGGCCGCGCUGGCGGCGCGCCGGCUGCCGGCGGCGGCGGCGGCGGCCGCGUACGCGCUGGCCCAGCUGGCCGGCGCGCUGCUCGGCUUCGGCGCGCUGCUGGCGCUGGCGCCGGCGGCCGCCACCAGCGGCGCCACGCACCCCGCGCCCGGCCUCAGCCUGGCGGCCGCGCUGGCCCUCGAGGCGACGCUCACCGGCACGCUGGCCAUGCUGGCGUGCGCGGUGUGGGCGGCGCACGACCAGCAGCGGCCCGACCGCGCCGUCUCGCUCAAGUUCGGCCUCGCCUUGGCCGGCCUCAUAUACGCGGGGGGACCCUUCACGGGUGCCAGUCUCAACCCGGCGCGCAGCUUUGCACCGGCGCUGUUCCAGGGCAUGACAGCAGACCAUUGGGUGUACUGGGUGGGGCCUCUGGGCGGGGCGCUGGUGGGCGCGCUGGUGCACCGCGCGCUGCUGGCGCCGCGCCCGGAGACGCGCGCCUCGCGCGACGCGCUGCCGCUCGCCGACAAGCGCGAGCCC